AUGGUUAACGGAUAUAUUAAUCCGAAAGAAAAUAAUAAAUGUUAGCUUGUCCAGCACUUUUAAAGAAAAUCAUUUAACAUAUAAGAGUUAUUUCCAAUUGAUUUGCAUAUGCAAAGAGACAUGAGCAUUUUAACAAGAGACGAGUAAUAAAAAAAUAUAUAUCUAGAUAAUAGAACAAGUCCAGUCACUAUUAUUAUUUAAACAAAUUACAUUAUUAAUCGACUAAACCAAAGCUAAGAAAUAACCCAAUCCUUAUAAAUACAAUCUAAACUUGUAUAAGUUACCUAAGCUGGAUCACCUCCUAAUUUAAAUAAAUUACCAAAUAUCUCAGGAAUUUAGUUAAUUACAUUUAUAGAAGAUGAAAAUAUCUGGAAGUAAUGA